AUUGCCAAAUGAUGUCAACUCAGCAAAGCCUAGGAAUUCGUUGUUGAUCUGCUAUUUUCAAUAACAUUUAAACAAAUGCAUGUAUUGUGGUGUAAAUAUUAGUUUGAAAACAUGAACACAAACUUUUGAUACCGUGCUUAUUGUUAUAAAGAUUUUUCGUGUUGAUAACAGUCCAGUUGGAGAUCUCCGUAUAUUCAACGCAAAAUGUAUUUUGCAAUUGGGUGGCCACGGGAAAUAAACUGCUCGUAUAAAAACAUUCGUAAAAUCGCCUGUGAUCGUGUGAAAAUACUUUUCACAAUUCUCACGGAUGAUACGCUGGCAAUUUGGUACACAAAACCAUGCGUUCCGAUAGCCGCAAAAAUACGUGGCCCUCAAUGUUUAGAAAAACAUGGACACAAUCUAAUGGUGGAAUGGAAGCCGGAUUCCAGUAUGUUAUUGGUUAUUACGAGUAAUGGGACGUUGUUUAUGUACACUCUGAUAGUCAGUGAUGCACCAAAGGGAGUGUACAAUCAGAAUGAUCCUCCGUUUUCAAAUCUUCGACGGGAUAGUGCAGAGCUGUUUCUGAAGGAGACAAUUCCUUCACUGAGAUUGACAUUGACCCAUCAGUUGCCACUUUACGUUCCAAUUUCAUGCAUUUCUUGCAUAAACGUUUCGCAAAUUAUGAUUGCUACCAAAAAUGGGCGAGUUAUACGUUUGAAUUGGAAUGGGGUUGAAGAACGCGAUUAUGCUUUGGAUUUGAAACGCAUACCGUUUAGUAUCAACCAACAAGUUAGUUACGCUGUACCAAUAUUGGAGAACAACACCUAUAUUAACUCAAUUGAUUAUUCGCCACUUUUAUGUGGCUUCGCAAUCACUUUCAACGAUGGGAGAGCGGCUUUUCUAACAUCAGGAAAUACCAAGUUUGAUCCCAAUCAAGUGCAAGGUAUUUGGUGCCAGAACAUAGAUGAUGCGACAUGUGCCGUGAUCAACCACAAGUAUCGUCUAAUCGCAUUCGGACGAUGUAACUCACAAGUCAAUAUGUAUGUGAUAGACGACUUAACCGGUGGACUGGAACUGUCCCAUCGGUUGGUUUUGAGUGCGAAAGAUUUUCCCGGAUCCCCUGGAAGUGUAAGUGAGAUGAAAUGGACACCUGAUGGGUGUGCGAUAAUGAUUGCUUGGAGUCAUGGAGGAAUAUCUUUGUGGAGCACUUUUGGUUCGCUACUUCUAUGCUCGCUUGGCUGGGACUAUGGACUCCAUAUCGAGCUAGCAAAAAACAAUCCAUUUAAUAUCGUUAGCAUGGACUGGUCGACUGAAGGGUAUCAGCUAUUUUUGGUCCGCCAAUUACAAGAAACUAGUUCAUCCGAAACAAGUAGUACUGAUUCCAAUAAAUCUUCUUCUAAUACUUCGCUGGCGUCGACAGGCAAUAAUAAGGAUAUUGGUGAAGCGGUUCAUAAACCGACACUACGACGAGUUAAUACUACCGGCAUGAAGACGAUGCUCAUUCAGCUGGAUUUUGUAAAAAGUAUUCUAACAAUUAACCCUUGCAUGAGUUACAAUUCAUACCUUCUAUUGCAAGGCGACGAUAAGCUGUAUCUCAAUCAUGGUGAUGUGUUGCAGAAUAUUUACCAUAAUUUCAAUGCAUAUUCAGCGGAAGGCGAUCACAGUACUUAUUCCAGCGAAAUGCAAUAUAUCGGAUUGUCAAGAAAAGAUCUGGAUUACAUGAGGAACGAGGAUGACCACAAUAAUGAAAAAUACGUCCAAAUAAAUAGUGUAUUGUCGGAGAGUAAACAUUGGGUGGUGCUAAACUUGCCAACGGCUUAUACUGCAUCAAACUGGCCAAUUCGGUAUAGUGCGGUUGACUUUCUAGGUGUUAAUGUAGCUGUUGCAGGAAGAACAGGUGUAGCGCUUUACUCUUUCAACUCACGCAAGUGGAAGCUUUUUGGUAAUGAAACCCAGGAGAAGGAUUUUGUCGUAACUGGUGGGCUGCUGUGGUGGAACGAGUUUGUCAUAAUGGGAUGUUAUUCGUUAAUUGGAUUCCAUGAUGAACUCCGUAUUUAUUCUAAAGAGAAUAAGUUGGAUAAUCGCUUUGCAAGCAUAACAAAAAUGAAUGCCCCUGUGAUGUUGAUUAAUCUGUUUAAAGAUCACUUGGUUGUCUUCACUGCGGAUGGACACGUCACUAUAUUCUCAUUGAUAGAAGACACUAACGGUCAAGUAGAGUUGGAAAAAAUGCACAUUUAUGAUAUAAAAAAUGUGUGUAUCCAUCCAGCGUGUGUCAUUUCGGUAUUGAUGACAAAUUUAGGCAACGAGAUUGGCACUAAAAAUAAUUACGAUAAUAGUCUCUCGGAAACGUUGAUAUUGAAUGUCUCGGGACGUGUGCUGAUGGUGCAGACAGAUUAUAUAGGUAAUGCUGCGUCACAGCUAGCUUCGACUUGUUUAGCUUCUUCGGUGGAGUGCAUUUGGGUGUCGGAUUCGACGAAAACUCACAUUAAGGAAUCACUUUGGUUGUAUUGUGGAGGUCACGGCAUGCGCGUCUGGUUGCCAGUGUUCCCGAGGAGUAAUGAAACCGGAACACGUAGCCACAGACAUACUUUCAUGAGCAAAAGAAUUAUGUUAUCAUUUACCUUGAAAAUAUAUCCACUGGUCAUUUUAUUUGAGGACGCUAUGAUCCUUGGCGCUGAAAACGAUACGAUUCUCUACACAAGCGAUCCAGCAAUAUAUUUUUCAUUGCCAUAUUGUGCAUUGAAACGAACGAGUCAAGUUUAUCUACACCAAAUUUUGCGCCAGCUGAUUCGAAGAAAUCUUGGUUACAAUGCAUGGGAAAUUGCACGUUGUUGUACAAACCUUCCAUAUUUUCCACAUUCGUUGGAACUUCUGUUGCACGAGGUACUUGAAGAGGAAGCCACAAGUAAGGAACCCAUUCCAGAUGCUCUGUUACCUAGUGUAUUAGAGUUCAUUCAAGAGUUUCCUGUUUAUCUCGAAACUGUGGUCCAGUGCGCUCGUAAAACCGAGAUCGCAUUAUGGCCUUAUCUAUUCUCAAGUGCAGGAAAACCGAAAGAGCUCUUCCAACAAUGUAUGGCUGCAAAACAACUUCAAACCGCGGCAAGUUAUUUGAUUAUCUUGCAAAAUUUAGAGCCCUCGGCAGUUAGCCGAGAAUAUGCUACACUGUUGUUGGAUACUGCUCUGGAGCAAAAAAAUUGGUCCCUAGCGAAGGAUUUAGUUCGCUUCCUUCGGGCGAUUGAUCCGAACGAUGUGGAAUCUCCUCGUUCAUCGUAUGUAUUCGGUAAUAAGUUUGGUAUGAAUGCAACUGGCCCACCAGUGGCACCCAAUGCCGAAGACUUGAGUCUUAUUUUGGGUAACAGUAUGACACGCGGACGAAGCUUUUCCACAACGGUAAAUCCAAAAUCCAACGAAACGACCAACAAUGCCACUAUAGUGAAUAAGGAGAAAAAUAUUAUGUUCAACAGUUCCAGCAGCAGCAGUAUUGAUACAACGUUAGUACAAAGACGGAAGAAAAGUGUGCCAACUACACCUAAACAAAAAGACUCAUCUAUUAACGAGGAAUUCUUCAUCGACGUGAUAUUGCAACGACACGCGAGACGUUUCCUGCAGUUGAAAAAACUCGAGGAACUAGGACGAAUGAGCGCUAUAUUGGACUUCCAUUUGGUCAGCUUUCUAACCCGUGAGAAGGAUCGUUCUGCAAGAAUUGAAGAUUUUGUAAUGGCGCUUAAGGCACUGCAUCAUGAGUUAGACUGGCCAAAACCAUGUCUUGAUUUGAGUUUAAACAGAAACGGUAUUAGUAUGAAUCAACCAGAAUCUCCUGCAUCGAAUAUUUCCAGUAAAUCGACUUUCGAUGUGGCUCAACGAACGGAAGACUCCGGAUACAACAGUUUAUCCAUAAAUAGGGUUCAGCAGGGUAUCAUGGUUGGGGAUGGAGAAAAUGAAAAACCGGCGGUGGAUCCAAUUCUUGUUUCGACUAUAGCAAAAUUGGAAGCAUCAACAAAAGACGAUAAAACCCACUCUUAUGUUGAUACCAAAGAAGCUAAUCUGUCCCCUAUGAACGAUACCAUUAGUGUUCGAUCGGAACAUUUAGUAGCCAAUUGGUCAGAUGAUGGAUGCAACUCAUUGAAUCAGGAGAUAGAGGAGAGUUUCAAUAAAGCGAUGCGAAAUAUGUCGAAGAACAAUAAUGGUGCCAAAAGAGGACAACAUAAGUUAGAGAUAAAAAUGCGUUAUUUGUUACAAAUUUUCACUGAAGCUAAUUGUUAUGAGUUUUCACUGUUACUAUCUGUCCUUUUACUUGAUGUUGCGUCUGUUUGUAGGAUAACUAAUGCCGCGAUAAGAUCCAAAUCUCUAGUUGUCUGUCGUCAAUUACGAAACGGGCUUAAAGACAUGACGAGGUGGAGUUUCAAAGAAUGUUUAGGAUAUCGACCAUUUAUGAUUGCGUUGCAGCCUCAGUUAUCUGUGCUGGACAAAUUCGUAAUUCAACAAGAAGCAAUUCCAUCCUUGACAACGUCAACAAAUAGUAAUGUGCAAUACAAAAAUCUCACGAAUGUCAAUCCUUCAGACAUGAUUAUGAUACCGGAAAUUGGAUCAACAUCUGGUCACUCUGGUAACCCUGAAAUGGUUGCUCGUAGUCGUAAAUCAAACCUACUGGUUGACGCAGACGGAAGAACUCGCCAUUUGUUAGAGAAGAAAAGCAAUACUGUGCUUGAAAUCAGUUACAGCCCAUGCGAUAGGUUAGUUAAUAACACAGCCGGUGGGAGCAGUACUAGUCCUGGCUCUGCUGGUGUGACUAAUUCUAAACAUCCGGGAGGAUUUGUGAGAUCUGUUUCUGACUUAGAGGUAAAACAUAUAAGAAAAAUGGCGGCUGGCACUAGCACGAUUACAUCGACGCCAAUAGAUGAAGAAUCAGAACGUAGUAUGGGGUGCAUAAUAAUGUAAUUAACAUGAACUAAUUUUUAGACAAUAUUUAGUUUCAAUUAUAUUUAUUCGAAAAUUUUAACAUAGUAGAACAUGAGAAUAGAUAGUUGGCUACAUUUCAACCUACAAACUCUACUCAAUUGUGAUUAUUAAAAUAAACUAUUCGAUCGAUUCCCAAA